AUGUUAGUUGGUUUUGGUUAUGCCUCAUCCACUGAUGACUACAAACUUGUUUUAGUAUCCCCUGUUAAAGAUUUUGGUUAUGCAGUUGACGUCAAUAUCUUCAUAUUCUCUAUGAGAGCUAAUUCUUGGAAGCUCAAGAAAGUUUCUCUCUGGCCAUCCGGGAGCUACAGACCCUACGCUCCUACACACCACGGAACUCUUUCAAAUGAAGCAAUCCAUUGGGUUAACAGAGACCAUAAUUAUAAGGAGUUUGAUGUGUGUGCAUUUGAUUUGGAGAAGGAGGAGUUUCGUAAAGUGCCUGCUCCUCGUUUUAACCAAAAUGAUAAUCCUCAUGUUAACAGAAAAAUGCAGACUAUUGAUCAUUCAGGAGGAUGCCUCUGCCUUUGGUCUGAGACUUUUCAAAAACGGUGUUGGUAUAGUGAACUAUGGAUGAUGAGAGAUUAUGGGGUGCGUAAUUCAUGGAUGAAGCCUUUUAAAUUUAGGAGGGAUGUUGACAUACGGAAUGUUCUUGAUCUUGAUGCACUUAGUUUUUGGGAGCCAUGUUUGGUUAUAGAAAGUGGUGCAAUUGUGAUCAAGGUUGACAACAAGGAGUUGGUAAGGAUUGAAUGCCAUAAAAAGAAGAAGCCGGUCUGCAGUGGCCGAUAUAGGCUCCAGGAGGCGCCUGGGUGUAAGCAUUUGUUAGGCGCAACUUCAUACGAUGAGACUCUAGUUUCUCUAUCUUAA